AUGCCAUUGGAUCUCCAUACCCGCCUCUACCUCAUGUUGCUGAAGCUCCAAAUCCAGGUUCUAGAACUGGCCAGGAACGCCGCGGGAGACAAUAAGGCAAAGGAGAUUCCAAUUUCCGAAGGUGGCUCGAAGGAGUUUCGGUUUGCGGUGGCAAUGGGCAGAAUGAAGAGGUUUGGGAUGGAACCCUGGCGGAGGAAGGAUCGGUGGAGACGAAAAUGGGGAAAUUGGCGAAUUGGUUGUAAUUGAAAAUUGUGAGUUGGAAAAG